GUGAUAGUAGAAUAGAAAUGAGAAAAGCUGAUGGUAGCCAACAUGGCUGACCAUGAUACGUUUAGUGGCCAAAACAUUUUAAAAAAUUCGAAAAUUGUUGUUAAUGUUGAAGAAGCACUUCAAGAUGUGUUAGUUGUUACAUAUGCGUCUGAAAACAAAUUGUUUCAAGGUGUUUUACUGGACUCUACGAAACGGUUCUUGCCGUGCGGAAUUACACCUCCUCCUGAGUUAUUGAACAAAAAGACUGAGAACACAGAUGAUGACAAAUUUUAUAGUGUUAGUCAGAGGUUUACAUAUUUUCAAGAAAAACCUAACAAUCCAAUAAAUGGAGGCCUUUUGCCUCACUUACACCCUCCUAAACCAAAGCCCAACGCAAGACUAAAACCUCCUCGUAUGACUGUGAGAUUACGUCCUAGGCAGGUUUUGUGUUCUAAAUGUCGUAGUAUAUGUAAUGAAAAUUCUGAAAAUGUAGAUCAUUCAAAAAAUUCCAAACGUAACUCACUUUCCAAAGAGAAUGAUAAUCAAAAUAAUGAGGGUAACUCGACGAGAAAUGUAAGAAACUUGCGUCCUACCCUCAUCCCUAAGUUAAAUCGUUUGGAACCAAAUGAAAUAAAUAAUGCAAUUAAUGGGAAAGUAGUUACAAGAUCAAAUAUUAAAUGUAACCUUAUUCGAAGGCCCAGCAAAGUUUGGCUGAAUCCGUCAUUACCGACGUCGCCAAUCAACCCAGAACCAGCUCCUCCUGUGGAAGAGGCUUGGACUAGUCCGAGAGACGAAGAUGACAAAGAAGAUGAGUUCAUCAGAGACGGUGAAGAUAGUGAGGGUAAAAUGGUGCUGAGAAAAAAGAGAAGUGUCGGUUCCAUGGAAGACCUAUGGGAUGAAAAUGUUUUCGUGGAAGCCACUAAAAAAGCACGGACUACACCGGUUAUUAAAAUAUCGUUUGGCAGUCAAGGGGAAGGAACAGUGUUGAAAAUUCCCGCAAAAGUGCAAAACUGUAGUGAAAGUGAACCUGAAGAGAAACACAAGACAGCUAGUGCUAAAGCAGCAAAAAGAGCUUUAAAGAAGGCCAAGAAAGAGGCGAGAAGAAAGUUAAGUCACGUAACGUCUCCUGGUGCGUCCCCGGCAUACGAGGCACUCCAUUAUCGCAGGCAUCGGCAUAAAGUGAAGCACAAGAAGAAACACAAAGAGGACCGUCCUAAAGACUCGUCUGUUUACACUGAUAUGAAAGAGAGAUGCUUGAAGCAGAAACUUUCAAUCAGUCUCAGACGGCUGAAUGCCAACGCUUAUGCCCACAGAAGUGAUUCUGGUUCCAGCGAGUCUGGCUCCAGUAGUUCCAGUUCCGAAGAGGCUGUGCCCGACUUCCCGCCCCUCCACUCCCCCCUCUCCUCCCCUGAGGUGGGCUCUCCAUUCUCACAAGAUGGCAGCUUCUCGGUGGGCGACAUUGUCUGGGGAAAGAUUCACGGCUUUCCCUGGUGGCCUGGGAAGGUGGUGAGGAUUUGUGCGAAAAGGGAAGGAGAAUCAGCUCAAGCCCAUGUUGCAUGGUACGGUUCCUCCACCUCUUCCCUAAUGUCUUGCCAGCAUCUCAGUCCAUUCCUUGAGACAUUCAAGUCCCGAUUCAACAAGAAGAAGAAGUCUGGGCCUUACAAAGAGGCCAUAAGGCAGGCAACAAACGAAGCAUCAGACAUCUCGCAGAAGAUUGUUCACAGUCCUCUCCGCACCCUGAUGUCUUCCCCCAAUCCAGUACAUGUCACGUCGUAACAUUCCAUCAAUGUCCUGUAUCCAGAAACGCUUAUAGUCGUAAAGUUAAGAAUUGUAUCUUCCAGGUAGUUUAUAACUCUUUAUGAUUAAUUGCCAUCUCUCGUGGAGAGAACUAGUUCCAAGUGUAAGAAAAUAUACAACGAAUCAUUGUUUAAGAAUUAAAAAGGAUAUUUUAAAUAAAUAAUAAAAGGCUGUAGUUUUUCUCUCACAUAUUGAAGUAUAGAUGAAGAGGAUUUAACUGAAAUUUUGUAAUCUAAAAAAUUGUCAAUUAAUUUUCUUUUGUCUACAUAAAGAAGGAUAACAUUUUAUAAUAGCAAAAAGUACCUCUGUUGAUGUAUGAAACAAACAAAUUUAAUGCUUUACGAGGUAAGGUCUGUAGGUAACCGGUUUCCCCUGUUUCAAACUGCCCUGGACCGGUUUCCACCGUGCGCACCAAUGUCUGUUCACUUUUUAUCGGUUGCCCAAAUCUCUUCAGUAUGAUCAGUCGGUCUCUGACGUUGAAGGAAAUAGUGCUGGCUCGCAAUUUCCUAGAUUGAGUACCGUGAGAUAAUUACAUUUUUGUGUAAAGAUGGCCUUUUUCCUGCACAAAUUAAAGAGUGCUAAUGAAUUUUUUUAAUAAAUACAGUGCUGACUCACAGAAUUUCUUGGAAUAAUUUUUGAAUUGGGAUGAACCUUUACUAUGACCUUCUCAGUAAAAGGAAGUCCAUGGAAUAGAGAAGACCAGUAGAAAGCACUUCCACUAAAGUCAAAAGUCACAUAGACAACAGUUAUGGCAACAAUUUUUUUUUUAAUUAUGGAGAGAUACUGUUGAUUGAUUACAAAGAAAGGAACACUACAGUGAUUCCAGAGUACCAUACAGCUGAACUUCACCGCUUGCACAGUGCAAAUUUCCAGACACCAUUGAUUGCCAAGGUUGCUGUAAGGGAUGCGGGUUUCAAGAAAUUGCACAUCCACCCUACAGCUCGGACCUAGCUUACCUCCAGUGACUUCUACCUAUUUUCCAAGUGUAAAUCUGACCUUCGUGGAAGGAUAUUUUUCUCAGAUGAAGAUGUCCAAGCAACUGGGAGUGCCGAUGGCUGAGCGGUCUAAGACGUUGAAAUUGGGUCUGUUAGAGAUAGCGCAGGU